AUGCCAGUCCCGUACAAUACUCAUACCACUACGGACGAACUCGUCGCCGAUUAUAGCUCCUUAAUCAAUGGCAAGGUCGUCCUGACCACAGGCGUCUCACUAGGCUCUCUAGGUGGCUUCUUCGUCCAGUCAAUUGCAAAGGCUCAGCCAGCGUGGCUUAUUCUGGCUGCCCGCAACACCGAAAAGCUUGCCCAGAUGGAGGCAUCAAUUACCGCAGCCCAGCCAACGGUCAAAGUUCGCACACUCCAAGUUGACCUGGGGUCACUAGAGAGUGUGCGUAAUGCAGCCGCGCAGGUCAACUCAUGGGAUGAUAUUCCAGUGAUUGAUGUCCUUGUCAACAAUGCGGGUAUCAUGGCAGUGGAUUAUAAGCUCACUACCGACGGAGUUGAGUCACAUCUGGCAACGAACCAUCUGGGCCCGUUCUUGUUUACAAACCUGAUUGCGAAGAAGAUCGUGGGUUCAAAGGAGCCGAGAAUUGUUGUCGUCAGUAGCGAUGGCCAUCGGUUGAACCCGUUCCGAUUCGAUGACUAUAAUUUUGAUGAGGGGAAGACGUAUAACCGGUGGUAUGCCUAUGGCCAGAGCAAGACGGCAAAUAUGUUGUUUUCCAUCUCUCUGGCCCAGAAACUCGGAAACAAACAUAACCUCCAAGCAUUCAGCCUUCAUCCCGGAGUUAUCUGGACUAAUCUAGGAGGUCACUUAGACUGGACAGUCGAAAUGAGUGAACUGCAAACCGCUGAUAAGUCGUUGGGCAACGCAGAGGGCUGGAAGGAGUUUGACGCAAAGCCCCUAGAGAGAGGUGCUGCAACUCACAUAUACGCAGCUUUUGAUCCAAGUAUCAAGGCCGACAACGGGGCCUACCUGCUCGACUGCCACGUAGCUGAUCCGCUGGUGGAUACUGUCAAGUCAUGGGCCACGAGCAGUAUUGAAGCUGAACGACUAUGGCGAUUGAGUGAGAAGUUGGUUGGGCAAGAGUUUUCCUACUAG